AAGGCUUCAGGCAGGUAGUGCUGGCCCCUCCCGAGCUGGGAUCAGGGCUCGUGACGUCUCAGACAGUUGUUGUUGGGGUUUGGGGCUCAUUAUUAAGGUACUUGAAAGCAGCGAUUGGUGGCUGAGAGACCUGGCCAAGGGUGUCUCAGCCUGAGAUCCGCGGCACCCUCCGCCCAGAGGGAGAAGCUGCGCAUAAAUUAUUCCGAUAGAGGGCGGGGCAUGCAUAAGUUAGUCAAAUGAGUCAGGGAGAGAGGGAGGGCGGCUGGCUGCGAAUUAGCCUAAGUUAUUAAAGAUGGCGGCGGAGCGGAGUCGCUCCCCGAUGGACUCGCCGGUACCGGCCUCAAUGUUCGCCCCUGAGCCCAGCUCCCCGGGGGCGGCCAGGGCUGCGGCGGCCGCGGCCCGGCUCCACGGCGGCUUCGACUCGGACUGCAGCGAGGACGGCGAGGUGCUCAACGGCGAGCCGGAGCUGGACCUCACCAGCAAGCUGGUUCUAGUGAGCCCUACAUCAGAGCAGUAUGACAGCCUACUUCGGCAGAUGUGGGAGAGGAUGGACGAGGGAUGCGGAGAGACCAUAUAUGUCAUUGGGCAGGGAUCAGAUGGCACUGAGUACGGGCUGAGUGAAGCUGACAUGGAAGCCUCCUACGCCACAGUGAAGAGCAUGGCGGAGCAGAUAGAGGCCGAUGUCAUCCUCCUGCGAGAGCGCCAAGAAGCUGGUGGCCGUGUGCGUGAUUACCUGGUCCGGAAACGAGUAGGAGACAAUGACUUCCUGGAGGUCAGAGUGGCAGUGGUGGGCAACGUGGAUGCCGGCAAAAGCACACUCUUGGGAGUCCUGACGCAUGGGGAGCUGGACAAUGGCCGUGGAUUUGCCCGCCAGAAGCUCUUCCGCCACAAACAUGAGAUUGAAUCUGGUCGCACCAGCAGCGUGGGCAAUGACAUUCUGGGCUUUGACAGUGAAGGCAAUGUGGUGAACAAGCCUGACAGCCAUGGUGGCAGCCUAGAGUGGACAAAGAUCUGUGAGAAGUCUACUAAGGUGAUUACCUUCAUCGACUUGGCUGGUCACGAGAAGUACCUUAAGACCACUGUUUUUGGCAUGACUGGCCACUUGCCUGACUUCUGCAUGCUCAUGGUGGGCAGCAAUGCUGGCAUUGUGGGGAUGACCAAGGAGCACCUGGGCUUGGCAUUGGCACUCAAUGUACCUGUCUUUGUGGUAGUCACCAAGAUUGACAUGUGUCCUGCCAACAUCCUUCAAGAAACCCUGAAGUUGCUACAGCGCCUGCUGAAGUCACCAGGCUGCCGGAAGAUCCCUGUCUUGGUGCAGACCAAAGAUGAUGUGAUUGUUACCGCCUCCAACUUCAGCUCUGAGCGCUACAGGGAGGAAGAGCCUGCUGAGUUCCAGAUAGAUGACACCUACUCUGUCCCAGGUGUGGGGACAGUGGUGUCGGGCACCACACUGAGGGGUCUGAUCAAACUGAAUGAUACACUGCUGCUGGGCCCAGACCCACUGGGUAACUUCCUGUCCAUUGCUGUGAAGUCGAUCCAUCGCAAGCGCAUGCCUGUCAAGGAGGUGCGAGGGGGCCAGACGGCCUCCUUCGCACUGAAGAAGAUCAAGCGUUCGUCCAUCCGGAAGGGCAUGGUGAUGGUUUCCCCACGCUUGAAUCCCCAAGCCUCCUGGGAAUUCGAGGCUGAGAUUCUUGUCCUUCACCACCCCACCACAAUUAGUCCACGCUACCAGGCCAUGGUACACUGUGGGAGCAUCCGGCAGACGGCCACCAUUCUGAGCAUGGAUAAAGACUGUCUGCGCACAGGAGACAAGGCCACUGUCCACUUCCGCUUCAUCAAGACCCCUGAGUACUUGCACAUAGACCAGCGGCUGGUGUUCCGUGAAGGCCGAACCAAGGCUGUUGGCACCAUCACCAAGCUCCUCCAGACCACCAACAACUCCCCCAUGAAUUCCAAGCCCCAGCAGAUUAAAAUGCAGUCCACAAAAAAGGGUCCUUUGGCCAAGAGAGAAGAGGGAGGUCCAUCUGGUGGGACAGCAGUGGGCCCACCCCCAACUGGAGAUGAAGGUUCCACUCUAGGGACUGGACAGGCAGCUGUAUCCAGUGGUCUCCAGCCACAGCCCAAGCCCAGCAGUGGGGGCCGGCGACGAGGGGGCCAGCGCCACAAGGUGAAGUCCCAGGGGGCCUGUGUGACUCCUGCCAGCGGCUGCUGAAUAUUCCCCUGGUCCACUUGACCACCCAUGGGAUCCUCACUCUGGCCACUGCUCACCAGCUGGGCAGAGCAUCUCUGACCACCACCUACCCACUCCAGCCCACAGCCAGAGCCCCCUUGUUGUCCUACCCCCAUUUUCCAGGGGGAUUGUAAUUUAUAAGCUGAGGAGGGACUAGACUUUCUGAGGACUGACCAUCUCUCACCUGCUUCCUUCCUCACUCACACGUCUUUUGUACAUCUGGGCCCUUAGUUUCUAUUCUUUUUAUUAUAUAUCUUUCUCUAUUUAGAGUGGUUGUGUGGGUAUGUGUGUGUGAGAGAGAGAGAGAGAGGAGGGUGUAGGAGUGCAGCCAGCCAGAGCCCUGUCAGUCCUUCUCCUUCUCGGUCCUCCUGGCUGGCCACCAGCCUCUGAGAGUUGGCCAUUGGCCUGUCCUUCCAUCCAUCUUUGUCUCAAUAAGAUCCUCAGAGCCUUUAGGGAACCUCAGGAGCCCCAGGUGCCUGUCUUCCCUGGCCAUCUGCUCCUCUUAGCUAGAAGCUCGCCUGUGGGCUGACUGAUAGUCUCAGUAGUUUCUUCCAGAGCAGGGAUUCCCCUAAUCUAAGAUUUGGGGUGUUUUAAUGGAGAAAGUGGUGCCCCACUGCGCACCCCACUCUUUCCCUCUUCAGCUCCCAAGCAGGUGCUGCCAAAAGCUCUUCACUGGUACCUGUGAUGUGUGGAGGGAGUGCAAUUGCAUUAUAGGACUGCCCACCCUGACUCUUGACUCUUGUCACCCAUCCAAAGCCUGGGUGGGCUUCCCCUUGGAGACAAUCCUGGGCUUGCCUGGCUGGCCCUGGCUGCUCUGACUUUUGCCGAUCCGCCCCGCUGGAGGCUCCCUCUGCUUCCAUUUUGACCUCUGGCUGGGCUCAGGGCACUGGGUACUACUAGACUGGGUCUGGGCCUGCAUAGAAUCAGACUUUCUAGUCCUUCCUCUUGGUGGGGAGGGGAGGUACUCCUCUGAGCCCAGCCAGGGCUGGAAACCCUCCUUUCCCACAUGUCACCCCAACACAGCUGCUACAGUCAUGACUUCUUAGCAAUGAAGGGCUUGAACCCAGGUACCCUAAUUUGGGUACAUGAGGGCAGGUAGCAGUGGAGACUCUUCCAGGACCUCAGAAACACUGCUGCUGUGUAGGGUAAGCUGGGCUGCACAGGACAGUCUAGACUGAGUCCUGGACACAACCUUAGGCUGGAGACACUCCUUGUCAGCCAGGGCAGACACCUAGCCAGCUGGGUCCUUCUUCGGGCCCCUGCCCCCCAGCUCUCCUGUCCUCUGCUCCUGACUGCUCUCCCCUACUUUCUCUCCCUUCCAGCUGUUUCUAGUUACCACUGCCCUAUGGCCAUGAAUUGACCAUACCAGCAUUCACAAUAAAAGUUUAUUUCAAGUUGACAGUGUUGUGUUCCCUGCCAGCCCUCCAGGAGGAGGUACUGCCACAGGGACACUGUGGCUUUGCCUGCCCUUAUGUACCUGGUGGCAGCUGAGGGGAAUACGGUUACCAGGAGCCCAGCUUCCCCAAUCAGGCAAGUGUAAAAUAUCCACCCACUGUCUUUGAAUCCCACUUUCCUAUCUACAGCAAAAAGGCAGAUCCCUGCCUCCAGGUUGUAUGGAUUCAUUGAGUAUGAAGGAGGCCCUGGUGCCCUGGACAGGCCGAAGGCAGUGUAGCGCUGCCCUAUGGGUGGGCUGGAUCACCCCACAGUUAGACAUUCACUGCUGCCAUCUCUAAGGUAGCACUAUUUGCUUGCUCUGUCUUUGUUGAAGAAACUGAAGCUCAGGGAAGGGCUAUCCCCAGUGGGUAUUGGUUCCUGCACCAGCCCUCGCCCUGUAGCUUUUCCCAGCCAGCUUUAGGCUGGUCCUCUGACUCUGGCAGUUUCACCUGCUUUUUGUGGCUCUGGCUCACUUAGGCUAGUGCCUUCAUAGUAAUAGGGCUAUAGAACGGUGGCACAUGGCACAGCAAAGCCUGUGACUGUUCCUACAGCAUUGGGCCAUAAUGGAACCUCAUCUCAGCUCUACCCCUGUAAGCAAUAGCGGUUGCCAGAACGAUUGUGUUCAGGAGUUGUGGCUGCCACCCUGGCCUCUGUCCUCAGGACUUCAGGAGGUACUGGGUGGCAUAUGCAGAGCUGCCAGGGGGCUGCCUGAAUUCAGUGUUGAACGAUCAGUAGGGCUAUGGAGGUCCCUAGGAACCUCAGCCCUUCCAGCUCUCCAUUUGGGACAAAAUACCAGCCCAUUUGUAGUUGAUAAAAGAAUAAAGUUGUUAAUCCAUUGAUCUUUAA